CUCAUACUGGAAAGCUUGUUAAUAUGAAGGCUACUUUUACAAUCCUGGUGCUCCAAGUGGUCAUCUGUUUGGCUGGAGCGACUGAGUACCAGUUAACAUUGGACAAAGAUGGCUUGUUAGCACCAUGCGAGAAUCAGCCCGGAAAUCCUUCUGGUUUUGAAGCGAUGGUGGAUACUUCCUCCCUUAAAGUACAUAACCUUGGUUCGAAAGUUCGAAUUGAAGGAGAGCAGAAAGUGGUCUGGAAAGAUGUCCAGCCUGGAGACACAUUAAAGGUAUUUGGUCAAGUCUAUCGCCUGGAUAAGGGCACUUGGCAGAAGACUAUGUUUACGGCCAGCUCCAAUAACUUUUGCAAAAACAUGUUUGAUAAGAACCAAUACUGGUAUAAUUUCUGGACAAAGUAUAUUAGCAACUCCGACGAGAUUAAGGAAAAGUGCUUGACCACACCAGGGGCCGUUUUAAAGUACAAAGACUACGAACUGGACUUGAAGACCAGCUUGAAUGUUCCGAAUCUGGAUGGGCGCUACAAGCUGGUGGUCCAAAUAGAGGCCUUCGAUAAGCGCAAUGUAAGGCGCCCAGUUCCCAUUUGCAUAGAGUUCCGUGGAACUGCAGGACAGGUCUAAUCACGACAAUUGUAUAUGCAUGCUGAACAUACAGCGAAACACCAUUAAAGUCUAUAAUUGGAGCACAUCAAAC